AUGGACACGGAUAGCUUAAAUGAGUCGAGUUGCUCUGAAUACGGUGCUGGCCGGAAACGGUCGUUUUAUAAGCGGUCGAGUAAUUCCGACCAAGCCUCGGCUACUGAGACCGAGGAAUCCGUGGAAAGGAGGGCCAAUAAGGCCAAAAAAAAGGCUGCUGGUCAUACAGCAGGGUUGGCUCAGGCCAAACGAUUGCUAAAAGAAGGUAGGGAGAAAGAACUAGAAAACGAGUUAGAGAAGAAGCUCAGGAGCCAGGAUUUCCGGAAGCCUGCUGCUGUUGAGCUUGAUGCUGAGCCUGGAAUCUCAGAUGAGAUUCUAGGCAAGGACCUAGAGAGGAUGGCGGGGUUUGAAAUCCUGCAACGUGCGAAUAAGCGGUCCCAAAAGAUUUUGGACAUCGCCUUAAAGUCGGGCAACCUGAAAGGUGGCUACGUGCGCGACCUUAAGAUUGCCGCCAAAGAUAUGGCGGAGAUGGUUGAGGUCCUGACGGCAAGGACCGCAGAAGAGGAGUCGCGGCAGCUCCGCGAUGAAGCGCGGCGGUUGUCAAACGACAACAAUCGCCUGAGAGCGCGGGUCACCGACCUCGAGAAUGACCUGAAGGCCAUACGCAGGGAGUUCUCGGAACUAAAGGCUGUGGAGGACACAGUGGUGGCGGAGGCUCCAUCCUCGGAGGCAGCCAUCAUCAAGAAGGUGGUCGAAGGUCUGAAGGGUGACCUGACGCGAACCAUCGGCGAGAUGAUGGACGCCAAGCUGGCUGGUAUCGAAGACCGGUUGCUGCCGGCACCGGUGGUCCGGCCGCCCCUGGCAGCUGCCACCAGGCAGGUCGAGCGGAGCACUAGAGAGGAAGCUCCCCAGGGCCUCCCUGUCCCAGCGGCAAAUCCUCAAGCCGAUUCGUGGACCAAGGUGGCGGCGAGGGGAAAAAAGAAGAGGACGCAGCCUGCUCCAACAACGGUCAACACGACGUUGACCGCGCCGGCUAAUCCGGCUCCGCAGGCGCAGGCUGGAAUCCGCCGGAUACGUGCGACUGAGUCCACCAAGCCAGUGGAGCCGGUGAAGUCGGUGAAGCCGACAAAGGGAGAUGGGCUGGCAGGAUCGCCCAAAGCGAAGGUGAGCCUCAGGCCACCUUCAACUGCAGCGGUGGUCAUCACCCUGUCCAAGGAUGCGGUAGCGGGGGGCGCAACGUAUGCUUGGGCACUCACCGCUGCUAAGCAGCGGGUCAGCUUGGCGGACAUAGGGGUGAAGGAGGUCCGCACAAGGAAAACGGCCCUCGGAAGCCGAAUCCUUGAAAUUGGGGGGCCCGAGCGAUCUCAGCAAGCUGAUAGGCUUGCUGAGGAAAUACGUGGAGCACUAGCAGGGAUCGCGACUGUCAACCGGCCUGUGAAAUCCGUGGAUAUACGGAUCAGCGGGCUGGAAGACAGCGUGACGCUAGAUGACGUGGUGGGGGCCGUUGCUGCCAGGGGGAAUGUUCCCCGCGAACAUGUGCGUGCGGGGCGUAUCUCCAUGGGCAGCACGAUAGUAAAGUGCCCCACCACAGCAGCAAAGGCGAUCAUGCAGGAUCGCCUUUGUAUCGGAUGGAGCACCGUACGGGUCACCCUCCUUGAGGCUAGGCCUUUACGGUGCUUCCGGUGCUACGGCAUCGGACAUGGCAGUGCAACGUGCACUGCAAAGGACCGCAGCGGCCUAUGUUGCCGCUGUGGUGGGACAGGGCACCUUGCACAAAGUUGCACCGAGGAGCCAAGGUGCGACGUCUGUGCCGAUGCCGGAGCACCCGCAGGACACCGCAUGGGGGGGCGGAGGUGCAACCCCCCGCUAAUUAAAAGGAACACACCGAGAACGGGGGUGCCGGCCCCCGCCAUAUCCAUGGAACCGAGCGCACCGAGCGCGCCCACCAGUCUGGAGGGUACGGUUGCUCCUCAGGGGGAGCUUGAACAAAUGUCGUCGUAA